AGUACCUGUUAGUAACGUUUAUUGGGCGGUCAUCGCUAUGAUUUCUGCCCGAACGGCCAAAGAUCUGGAGUAGCCAUGAUUUGUCGCCUCCUGUAGCCUUUCUGGUUGUCGGACGGGCGGUAGGCGAGCAACUGUGAGCAAAGCUCGUGUAGCGUAGCUGGUCUUUGGCACGAGCUUGUUUUUCGAAGAAUCGCUUCAAGAUGCUUUUGCUCGGACUCGAAAACUGCCCAAACAUCUCAUUCACUGAUAUAAUGGCGGUGGCGGCUUGAUUGUGCCCAGAACGGACUGUGCACUUCGGUUGCUUGACAACGGCCUGAACAACACUCAAGAAGGACUGAGCAGUCGAAGAUGGAACAUUUCUUACACUGUCUUUUGCCGAUACUCGGCCUCAUCCUAUCCUUUCGCCUUGCGGCAGCAUCCCCUGCUGCUAAUGCAGGGAUCGCAAAGCCGAUUGGAAGUCUUCUGUACGAAGCCAACUUCACUGACCCUCGUCUUGGUGUUGUGAUUGCGGUGUAUUGCGCUAUUCCGGAAGGGUCAUCCAACACAGGCUGUGAUGUUAAACUCAAGCAUGGAAGGUUCGUAGUGAAACAGCAAAUGUUUCCGGGCGGAUUGUCCUUCUUGAACAUCACAUCAGCUGAGAUGAAAGUUGGCCUCUAUCAAAUCAUAUUUCGUCAGUCUACCCGCUCUUCAGAUCGAAUAACAGUACACUACACGGUGUCACCGGUUUCAAGGGACGGCAUGGAUAGUGGCAAUCUGACACUGAGUGGUGAACUCGUUUUGAGAAGCUGCGCUGAGUCUGACUGUCCUUCAGAGUGGUGCCGUCAAACUGUCGGCUGUGUUCCCAGGAAUGCGCUGCCUGGCAUUGAGCCAUUGUCCUGCGGCUACGCCUUCCACACAACAACAACUGUUCAGUGCAACUACAGUACGUUCGGUACUCCGGCCGAUCCGGCUGCGGUGAAUUAUGUUAUAGCCGUUGACGUGGACCAUGAUGGGGACUGCCAGCCUGGCGACCUCUACCUGUACGACACCGGCCAGGAGAACGCCACGCUGCUGAGGUUUUCAUGUAACAGCCUGUAUGGUGGCACGCUAAAGCAACCACAGUGUCAGGUUCAGGCUAGUGCUGGGCGCAUUGUCAUAGGUGGUCUACCUCAAGACAAAGAAUUUCGAAUUCGUUUUGAAGCCUCUUUCAAUACGGGACCGCCGCGUGACUAUACGAAGACGGUCUAUGAACCCAGUCAAGCAUUUUGUCCGGGAGCAAACAGAGACGAGAAAGCGGUUUGGUCCGACGCUGCAUGUGCACCAUGCCAAACACAGCCGCAAACACGGCGCGUCUUAAACUACACCUGCCUAGGAUCUCCGAGCUGGCCUUCCGAUUUGACUCAGCAAUGUUCAUGUGUUAACAGUACACAGCACCAUACCAACCUGACCCUGUGUCCGCAAGCAAACACAAACCUCACAGAGCUACUGCACUGUGCCCAGCAACAGCAGAACAACACGGGGCGGCAGCCUUUGGUUCUCACGGUGUGCCUCCUUGUCGGUGCUCUGGCUAUCACAGUAAUCGGCUUCUGGCUGUUUAGAGCACUCAAGCAACCCCUCGCUAUUGCCUCCUGCAAAGAUCAGAUCGUAACUUCUAUGGGCAGAACUGUGUAUCUGACGUACAUCUACCAUCCCUCCAUGAAGAACGUGAAGGCCUUCAAGUCGGCGGCGAACAAAGCCAUCGUCAAGCGAAUGAGCCACGAGUGUGUGUGGCGAUGGAAUGUCUCGGAAAUCCUCAUCGUCUUUGCAUCGGAAGACCUGGUUAAGCCCUAUAUACAGCUGCUACCGCAGAGUGACAAAAUAGACCGUCAGCACCUGUAUAAAUCCUUACUUGCUUGUCGGCAAGCGCUAGACGCCCCCAGCGAUGGGCUGGUCAUACUGGAUCAUAAUCAAGAUGAAAUGGGACCCAAGUGCCAGGAGCUCUUCUUGGACGAUGACAAACACCCGGACAUCUUCUGGCUGGACUACAAAAACAAACGCGCACCUGGUGCAGAUGUGAUCAACCGUUUUACAACAAAACUACUUGAGCUCCAGCCAUCAGAUAAACCUACCUACCAAAUGCACAUCCAAUCUGACUAUCUAUUGACGGAAGUGAUGAUCAAGCCCACAGCGGUCAUUGGCAACUUUCUUGUAACAUUUCAUGGAAAUAAAUGGUCAGUUGACGGGCAGGAGUACCAUGGCAGACUCACAGUGGAGUUUGCGGAUGCCACCUUGGCAAAACGCCUGGAGGGAUUGUCAGAAGAAGUGCAGGGAAGGACCUCGAUGCGCCUGAGACCGCUGGACAUAUUCUUAGUGCCAGUCAGUCCUGGCUGCAGAGAAGCAUGGAGCCAACCUCCUGCACUGAUGCGCUGCUAUAGAAGGAAUCCCGAGCGUCCUUGUAUCACAGUAAUCAUUCACCCGAAAGAUUCCUGCCAAGAAGUACUCACAUGUCAAGAUAUCCGUGAUCUAGGGCUGAGUCUGACGAUUGGGUACGAAGGUGAUACAUGGCCUCCUCAGCAUAGUGAACAUGCAGAUGAUCUGGCAGAGUCGAUAUACGAUGCUACUGCUGGGUUCAUAUCAAGUAACCAAGCACAGUAUUGUAUUUCCAGCGCAGACAUCAGCAUUCAAGAUGCUCAAAGUACUCGCUUGCCCCAUGAGCAAUUGCCACUAUCACGCCCUGGCGAUGGAUGCCAUCUACCACCUGGUGCUUCUGUACCUGUCCCUGCUCCUGAUGAUGAUGAGGAGGAAGAAGAUGCUGCUGCUGCUGCUGCUGAUGAUGAUGAGGCUGUUCCAAAUGAUGAUGGGGAAGAAAAUGCUGAUUCAGCAGCUGACCCUGGACGGAGGUCAGUUGGGAGUGGCUGCAACUCUAGCAGUGCAACGUCAUGUACGGAUACGCAUGUGGACACAAACUCAGAAUUUGAUUCCAGUGUGUAACGAUGCUGACUCUGGAUCCCUGGCCAUAUUUUCUUGUUGAAGGGCAAUCCUGCCUGCUCGUCAGUGGACAGUUUUCUUCCUGAGAGCAGCGUCACAGUCUACCUUCAAGUAUUCGCCUGUCAAUCACAGCAUACAGGCAGCACAAAGGCGUUAUGACGGCAACAUAACAAUGGUGAAAGUUGUCCAUUGGUGCCUUGACUUGCGUGUACACCUAAUAUGUCCCAAUGGGCGUGUGAACAUUCGCAAGCGACCCAGCCACCAGGCUUGGCUGGUCCCGCUCAUCAAAAUGGCCAAAAAUCGGGAGACAACGUUCAGAAAAAGGUACACGCGCGCAUUCAGUGCAUGUAUUGCGUGUAGAGCAACUGGCCCGGGACCUGCAAAGAUCAGGAUUUCUGGCUCCUUGGCUUUUCAGUAUCAUAGCAAUCAUUGGUGCCUCGAGAGGUGCUUUACAAAUCAGAUUUACAGUACGACAGUUUUAUCAUUAUUCUUUCCAAGUUAAAUCAACCUGUCCCGUUUCACCUCCGUAUUAGAAACCAAUCACUGAUCUGCUCCUUGCGGAUAGGGUGGUGGCGGUCCUGUGCAUGCGGAAAACUCAGUCUGAGUGAGUCUCGCACGGGCUGUGAAUUUAUUUUAUUUCACUGCUCUAUGUGCUUGAUAAUAAUUUGAUAUCAACUUUCAGACAAAUUACUCUUAGGAGUUCAAUCAAGGGAUGUAAUUUUUGGAAAGGGUUAACAACCUGAUCUCAAAUUCCACUUCUAUUCAUACAAUACACACACUCUAGUUUCAAACCUCCGCAAUCAUCAUAAGCGAGACUAGAGGUGAAAGUGCAGGAAGUGUCCGAACUAA